GAAAUGAAAGUGGCUCCUGAGUCACAAAGUCACAGGGGGGUGGGCAUCCUUUUGACAGGGGUCCCAGCAAUAGAGCAGUCCCACUCUCCCGGAUGAGCUGGAGAAGUAGCUACCUCUCCCAGACAGAGUUGGGGUCAAAUUCAUGCACAUCCAAUUUCCAUCAAAGCCCACUCUUCCCAGGGCUUGCUGGGAGGGAAGGAUAACUGCAGGCUCCCCUGGGAUGCCCCCUCAUGAGAGAAGUUCACAAAGUUUGAGACAGAGGCGAAUGGACAGGUGUGCUUCUUAGGGAAGCAGUCAAGAGGUGGCAAGAAGUUGGCAGCUGCCCUCAAGAGGGUCCUGGCACCAUGGACAAUGACAAGCCUCUUCAGCCUGAGACAGAAGAUGAGACUGAAACUGAGCUAGUACCACAGAGCAGCGAUAAAACGCUCUACUGUGAGGCCGAACCCCCGCCAACUGUAGAAAAAGUGAAACCAGCCCGGGAGAAUUCGGAAACAGACCUGGAGAUUGAAGAUAAUGAGAAAUUUUUCACCACUGGACAAAAGGAGCUGUACCUGGAGGCCUGCAAACUGGUGGGUGUAGUGCCUGUCUCCUACUUCAUUCGGAACAUGGAGGAGUCCUACGUGAACCUCAACCACCACGGCCUGGGCCCCAGGGGUACCAAGGCUAUUGCUAUAGCCCUGGUGUCCAACACGGCUGUUACCAAACUGGAGCUGGAAGACAACUGCAUCAUGGAGGAGGGCGUCUUGAGCCUGGUGGAGAUGCUACAAGAGAACUACUACCUCCAGGAGAUGAAUAUUUCCAACAAUCACCUUGGUUUGGAGGGGGCCAGAAUCAUCUCAGAUUUCUUCGAGAGAAAUAGUUCUUCCAUCUGGAACCUUGAGCUUUCAGGAAAUGACUUCAAGGAAGAAUCCGCAGCACCGCUCUGCCAAGCCCUGUCGACCAAUUACCGAAUUAAGAAGCUGGAUCUCAGUCACAACCAAUUCUCUGAUAUAGGAGGGGAGCAACUGGGCCAGAUGCUGGCCAUCAAUGUGGGGCUCACGUCACUGGAUCUGAGCUGGAAUAACUUCCAUACAAGGGGAGCUGUGGCCUUGUGCAAUGGUCUCCGGGGUAAUGUGACCCUGACAAAGCUGGAUCUCUCCAUGAAUGGCCUUGGGAAUGAGGGGGCUGUGGCCCUAGGGGAGGUCCUCCGACUCAACAGCUGCCUGGUCUACCUGGAUGUCGGCGGCAAUGACAUCGGCAAUGAAGGGGCCUCCAAAAUCAGCAAAGGACUGGAAUCCAAUGAAAGCCUCAGAGUUCUGAAGCUUUUCCUGAAUCCCAUAAGUAUGGAUGGGGCUAUUUUACUUAUCCUGGCUAUCAAGAGGAACCCCAAAUCCAGGAUGGAAGAGCUUGAUAUUUCCAACGUGCUGGUGUCCGAGCAGUUCAUGAAAACGUUGGACGGAGUGUAUGCCGUUCACCCGCAGCUGGAUGUGGUGUUCAAGGCAGUACAAGGCCUCUCUGCCAAGAAAACCAUCUUUUUGUUGACAAACCCCAUGAAACUGAUCCAGAACUAUGCAGACCAGCACAAAAUCACAGUCAUGGACUUCUUCAAGAGCUUGAACCCCACCGGGACAAUGAAGAUGUCUGUGGAUGAGUUCCAGAAAGUGAUGAUAGAGCAAACCAAGGUCCCUCUGAACCAGUACCAGGUCAGGGAGGUGAUAAAGAAGCUCGAUGAGAAGACAGGCAUGGUGAACUUCAGUUUCUUGAACACAAUGAAGCCAUAGCAAUAAGUCUGGUCUGGAAAGAAGUCUCGGCGAGAGGAGUCCUGGCAAGUCGGAUGGUGGCAGGAAGGAGAGCAAGAGGUGGCAGAAAUCUCGAUGGACAGAUGCUGUGGCCAGGGCUGGGCACAAGCAAAUAAAGUCUGGCUUGGUUCUGGGCGUCCUGGGCUGCUGGUGGUGUGCCCGUCACCAUGGGGGCCACCUUCUGCUUUUAGUGACCACCAGGGGACAUGUCAAUGCAGCCUCGUUAAGAGCUGCACAGACAAAUUGGGAAGUGAUGGGGUUGCUAGGCAGCAGGGAAAGAGCCUCAGAGAGUAAGUCAGAGCAUGAAGGUAAUCGUCAUAGUGAUUAGAAAUGGAGUCCAGGGGAGACCUCCAUGGUGGGAGGCAGUGGCAGGGGGAACAGAUGCUGAGGGAAUGAGGGCAGGGGCCUUUAAGAAGCAAACAAAUGCUGUGGGGUCACAAGGAGGGAGCCAGGACAGGAGAUCAAGAGAGCGGGCAUCCCAUCCUGGCCACAUGAUCUUGGAGUCCCAGUGGCUCCCCUUGAAAAUGGAGCAGCUGAAAUAAAGCCUUCCCAGUCCGUUCUAGGAGUCUACCAUUCUGCAUUUCGCCUUUAAAUUCCUUGAGAAACUGGGGGUACAGGAAGAGCUUAGUGAAGGAAGAAAAGGAAUAGCCAAGAACAGCAUUCACUGAUUAAGUGGGUGGAACAGGCACCUUUGGGAGUUUUGAUUGAUCUUACCAGACACCAUUGUAGAUUAGCAAGGCAGGAACUUUCUUGUGCCCCUCUGCAGCCCCAUGUAGUGCUUGGCACAUAGUAGAUACUCAAUAAACACCUGUGAAAUGAA